AUGUCGACUUUUGAUGGGAUCGUCGACGAGUUCCCCACCAUACGCAUCGACUACUUCCGGAAGAGUCCCGAACGACCUGCGCCACUGGCCUGCUUCCUCAGCCAUGUCCACAGUGAUCACUUGCAGGGCCUGGAGUCUUACCGGGCCCCGUUCAUCUACUGCUCCCCGGCAACGAGAGAGUUGCUGCUCCGCAUUGAAAAGUAUCCUCAUCGUAUGAACUUUACGAAAGGAAUCCUCGAGUCACGCCGGCUGCACUAUAAGCAUCUGGCAAAGCUUCUGCGCCCAAUUCCACUGAACACACCGACGGAGGUUGAACUCACUCCCCGUCGUCGUAUCAGGGUGACGCUCUUCGAUGCAAAUCAUUGUACUGGGGCCGUGAUGUUCCUCAUAGAAGGUGAUGGGAAGGCAAUCAUCUACACGGGUGACAUUCGAGCUGAGAAAUGGUGGGUCGACAACUUAAUCCGCCACCCCGUUCUGAUUCCAUACACAUUGGGUCAGAAACGGUUGGACAAUUUGUAUCUGGACUCCACCUUUGCGAGCAAGACCAACCCAUUUCGAGAGUUCCCUUCCAAGGCCCAGGGUUUAGCUGAGCUUUUACAAAAAAUUCAAGCUUAUCCAGAAGAUACCAAAUUCUACUUUCGAGCAUGGACCUUUGGUUAUGAGGAAGUCUGGAUAGCGCUCUCUUCUGCAUUGAAAUCGAAGAUACACGUGGAUCGCUAUCAGAUGGGCCUCUACCGGUCCUUGGUCCAAUCGAAAACCACAGGAGUGCACGAAGCCCCAGCUCUCUGUGGAUUUGAGCUGGGAAAUGUAGUCGUGGAUGGCUGUCUCAGUAACGAGGAGUCCAGUCGAAUUCAUAGCUGUGAACCUGGAGCUUCGUGCUCUGCUACUGGCGGUGCUAAGACAGUCUACAUCACGCCGAUCGUCAACCGCACAUCCAGUGGUACCGAAGUCCCCGAAGUUGGCGCCGGUGGGGGUAUUGGGGAUUUGUAUCAGACUCACGAACUCGAGCUGCCGGAUGAGGCUGCACUGGAUGAGUUGGAAAAGCUCUGCCUCCAAUAUGUUCAUGAUACAGAGGCGCGAUCUCAAAUUCGAGAUGCACUCUUGCGUGCAUUCCAGUCGAGGAGGAAAUCGUUGUUACUUGAUACAUAUGGCCUUCAGAAAGAGGAGGAGAUAUCCUUGAAAAGCCUUGUGACUGCCCUGAGCCACGGUCCAUCUGAAGUAUCUGACAGAACUUCGAAGCCCCAAUUACCAAACAGUAUUCGCUUCCCAUAUUCACGGCACUCCUCAUAUUCCGAACUAUGUGGACUCGUUGCUGCCUUCCGGCCAAAGGAUCUUUAUCCGUGUACCGUUGACUCGGAAAAAUGGAACGACGAUGUUUCAAUGGAGCGCCUCUUUGGUCAUCUCUGUUCAGGCAACGUGUUUUCACAUGACAUUCGCAUGCGGCAGACCGUUGAAGACCAAGGGAGCGAUUCUCGCCCGACAAAACGGGCACGUUACGACACGCAGGCUUCCACGCAAUCUUCGCAAGAAACAAGCAUCAAUCUGAGCUACAUCGACACCGGCGCAAUUGAUCGGAAUCAUCAGAACAGAAUUGAGGAUCAAGAACACCGCCCUGGUCGCUCUGAAGCAGCCAGGAACAAGCGGAAUGAGAUCCGACGAGCACACCACUACCUACAUGAACAUGCUGAUCCGGCACUGUUCGAAGUCGGCCCUCUCCCCGAGUCAUGGCCUCCAGCAACCGAAGACAACUUCGAUGUUGCUCAUGACGGCAACGAAGGCAAUGAAGACGACGAGGCUACACCUGUGCCCGAGCAACAAGAUUCGAAAGCAUCAGCGAUCUCAUUUGUACCAGAAUCUAUCCCUGACACUCCUACAAAGCCUACUGAUACAACCGAUGGCAACAUGUCUCCCUACCCGAUCAAUCCUCCCGCGGAUAGCCAGCAGACAGAUUUGCUUACGGUGUCAAUCUCCGAAUCCGCAUUCGAUUCCCCAGGUCGAAUCAUAGAUGAGUCCCAUCCAGAUCAAGAACUGAGCCUGGCUCGCUCGCGCAGUGCGCGCAUGGCUGCGUACCUAGCUGCGCGCCAGGAUACCUAUUCCGCAUGGACGGAUGUCUCGCUAGUCUCGGCGGACAACCAUGCCGAGGAGGAGAUUGAGCUGUAG